CCUAGCAACGGCCAAAUGACAUCAACAGGUGGUAAGGAGAUGGCUGAAAAAAGUGGUAUGGAGAAACUAGACAUUGGUGCUUUGAGCCCUGAACAACAAGAGAAACUCCGUCAAUUCAAGAUAAACACAAGAAUUGCUAACGAGAAAUAUCUGAGAUCUCACCCGGAAGUGGAGGUGCUAUUGAGCGAUUUUUUAAGAGAAGUAUUUUUUAAAAGACCUGCAGAUAUCCGGGAGUUUGCUGCAAAUCACUUCACUGACCCAAACUUAGUGAAGAAAAUCUUCUCUAAACUUCAAGACAAUUUUGAAUGAAAACAGAAGUAUUGUUUUUUUAGACAGUUGAACUUGCUGCCCUGUGCACAUUCCUUUUGUAUAUACAGUGUGUCUGUUUAAAGAACCUGUAAUGCUUUUUCUAAUUUGCUUCUCACAUAAUUAGGCCGCAGUAUGGACACAGAUUAGCUUGUUUA